UCCUCGUCAUAACGUUGCAACACUGAAAUUGUCAAAUCAGGAAUCGAAUCGAAUUAAAAGUUCUAGAAUAGUUAUUAAACCUCAUGGCUUCUUUUGUAAUGUUAAAGUCAAGGUCAUUUGUAGAUGCUAUGGAAAGAAGUAUGACAAAUAUAUUACAAUCAAUAUCAGAAGAUAAGACACAUUCAGAUGUGUGUCGGAUAUGUAACCAAGGAAAUGCUGAUAUUCCUAUUUUUGAUAAUACAAGUAAUAUAAAUAUUUCCGAAGAAGUUACGCAUAUCACAGGAGUUUUUAUGCUUGAUAUUGACAAAUAUUCAAAAUAUAUCUGUGAAAAUUGCUUCAAUCUACUUAAAGGAUCCAUAUUCUUUCGGGAGCUAUGUCUCAGAAACAACCAAAACUGUUUAAAAAAGCUAUCAAACAGAGAAGAUCAAAAUAUUAAAACUGAUGGGGAUCAGGUUUUUGAACAGGGAACACCAGCAAAUCAUUGUGAUGAUGAAGUAGAUACAUGGCUUUGUUCCUCUUGCAAUAAGGAAUUUUUAGACCAGAUUUCAUAUGACAUGCACUGGACCGAAUGCAAUAAAAAUGAUGAAAAUGCUGAAUUAAACUUUAAGGUAGAAGAAAAUGAAACAGCAUUAUGUGAUGUUUGUGGCAAAACUAUGGCUUGUGUUGAACAACUCACACUUCAUUUAAAAAGCCAUAGUAAUAAUUUUCCAUAUCUAACUGGCAAUUGUCCAUACAGAAGAAUAACAGUGGCACUAUUUAAGGUGCAUAAAAUAAUUCAUUUAAUAGUCAGACCUAAGCGUACUCAAUGCCCUCAAAAAACUACCACUCAUGGAAAUUUAAAAAAGCAUAUGGACCGUCAACACAGAAAUAUUCAAUACAAGUGUCCUUAUUGUAAGAAGAUAACAUCGUCAAAGCAUGACCGUACAAAGCACAUCGAAGAUAUGCAUUUAAAUCAAGAGGCUUUCCCAUGUGAUAUUUGUUGUAAAACUUUUAAAAUAAGAUAUUAUUUACGCAAGCACCUUAGAAAAGUCCACAAAAUAAAAACGGGACAUCCAAGAGCUUGCAAACCUAAUUACUUGCGCUACCAUAAUGAAGAACAAAAUAAGGAUGAGGUUAAGGCGGAUGUAUCAUGUAAUAAGUAAAUAUCAUUGAAUGUGAACAGAAGACAGAAAAUACGGAAGCCUGUCAAGAUCUCUCUUAAAGCUUUGAAAUUUCAUGUGUAAUUGGCAUGUCAAGAUUAAAUAAGUAAAUACAUAGUUUAUGAAAAGUU